UGGUUAAGUGAGUGAGUGUAGUGGGCUUUUGCUUCGCUUCUUCGUUUUCCAAAACCUCUCUUUCAUUCAUUGCUUUUACAUUAAAACUCCCCAAAAACUGAAACUGUUACUUCUCUCCAUUCAUUCUCUAAAAACCUAAAACAAAAAGACUCUUCCCCAACAACACAUGGAUUCUCAGGACCACUGCAACUCUCCAGGAGGAGGUAAGAGUUGUCAUGUUUGUACUAAAUGUGGUUGGAGUUAUCCUAAUCCACAUCCUAGUGCUAAAAACCGUCGUGCUCACAAGAAAAUCUGUGGAACCAUCAAAGGAUUUGAGAUCUUUGAUUCCGAUAAGACGAAACAGAAUCUUGAUUUGCAGGAAGAAAACUGCUUGGUUGAUGAGCAAAAACCCCCAGGUCCAAUAGUUGUGGAAAAAGCUGAUGAGAGAGUUGGGGAUGUUUCUGAAGAGGAUGUGUUUACUGAUGCUGUUUGUGAAUUUUCGAGAUCUGAUUCUUUCAAGGAAGAGACAGCUACAAACUUCGCGGCUAAGGGUACUGAGAAUCCCGGUGAAACUCAGCAGUGCAACAAUUCAUCAACGGCCGGUGUGAUGAAAAGCCCUAAAGUGGUUCAAGAGAGUUGUGAAGUUCCACCCGUGGAAAUCCUUGAGAACUAUGAUGGUCCACCUUCAGUUGAAGCAGCUUCCGAUGAUCGACAAGGUGAAGAGUUUUCUACUGAAGGACACUCUAUAGUAUCUGAAACUGUGAUUGAGUCAUCAUCACAGGAAGCUCAGGUCAUUGACGGUGGUGAUACCAUAUCAAAUGAUAGAUUAGAUACAGAAUGCAAAGGCAAGUUAACGGAAGAAUCUGAAUCAAAGUUAGCAUCUGCAUUAGGAAAGAGAGAGGAUACUUCAGAUUCAUCGUGGAAUGAUGAAGUGAUUUACUCGGACGUGGAGGGUCCCUAUGGAUUUUCAUCAGAAGCAACGAGUAUGACUCAUCCUGGUGAAGCUAGCUGUAUAGGUAGUGAGGAUGUUCCAGUUCAUACUUCUCCGGUAAAAGCUGAUGCAACUCAGGUUAUCAGUGCCAGUCAAUCUGUUCCUGAUGAUAUGCCUUUUGUUGAGAAUGCUGAUGUCUCUUUGCAUGGAAUCAAAGGCGUUGAAGAAUUUGAAGCAAGUCAUUCUGUGAAUCCUUAUCUUCCUGAGACAUCUAAGGGAGAAGAAUGUGAAAACACUCUUACUGACGCAGAGAACUUAGGAAUUCAUCCUGAAGGCUUAAGUAUUGGCUCAGAGGUUCCUUCAUCAGACAAGCUUUUCGUUGGAGACAAAACUGAACCUCAAGGCCAAACUGAUUUGGUUGCGAUCAAGGAAUUUCCCAGUGCAGAGAACAUAAUGAUAUCUAUGAUUGACUCUGAAGAUAUUGAAAUGAAAGCUGAAGAGGGUGAAUCAUCAUUAGGGAAUGCACACACUGUUGAAUCAGAAACAUUGAGAGUUUCUCUACCUGCUGUAGAUUCUAUAGUUGUUGACUCGAAUGCUGAUGUGAGCAGUGCAGCUAACAAAACUGGUUUAGUUGAUCUUGUUGGUCAUGAGAGUGAACUUAUUCAAGCAAAUGUUGUAGCUGAGGAGGGGAUCAACCCAAAAGACACGCUGAGUUCUGAAUCCUCUUGUUUUGUUUCUCCGGUAUCUGUUGUAUUUGAGGGAGAUGAUGCAAGUGAUAAGAUAAAAAGUUCUUCAGAAACAUCUAAAGACUCUGCCCUCCAAAUCGGUGCUGAAUUCUGUGAAAGUAAAGAUGAAGUUUGCAGAGAGAUUAACAACGGAAGGCUUGUGAAGGAAAGGAGUUUCAUAAACGAAACAAAUACAACGGAAUAUCCUAUAGGCCAUUCUGGAUCCACAGGCACUGCACCGGACACUGUUAACACAGCUAAUCAGAAGUCACUGGAAAGCGGAAGGACAGAAUUCAAUAGAGUUGUUGGUGGCUUGGGGGUAAUUCAAGCAAAUGAGAUUGACGGUAAUGUCCAAGCACAAAACUAUUAUGCUGAGGUCCCAGUGACAAUAGAAUCAAACGACCAUCGGGAUUUUGGAAGAUUGCAGAAUCUUUCAGAAGCUCACAUUAGAUCUCUGGUUUCAAGUCCGCUAGUCACUAGAAAUAAUACAUCGAAUGCGUUUGAAUCCAACUUGGGAUCGGUUUCAGGAGUAAGCGGUGGAGUUAACAAACCGGAAAACGCAUCUCAGAACCAAGAAAUCACCUUGGAGAAGACAACAAGCUGGAGCACAGAAAAGGAGCAACAUGUCCCGCUAAAGAACCUUCUGAGUGAAGCAAGAUCACCAAGGCUACAACAACAACAAGCAAAGGAUCAUGAGAGUAACAACGUACCGAGAGUGAGUUCGAUACUGGGACAGGAGACAUCCCCUGAAGACGGUCGCUGGCCAGAGAAAAGAGAAGUGAGUGAAGAAUGGAAUUCGCCAGCAAAGUAUCCAGUGGACUUUAAGAGAGAGGAGAAGAAAGUGAAAGGAAGACCCUUUUGGGUGCCAUUUGUUUGCUGCUCCAAUGUCAAAUAAACCACUCUAUUGUAUAAUGGUAGGAGAUGAUGAAUGAUCCUAAAGACUUGCUAGUACAAAGACUUGUUAGUUGUUUGGUUCUUGUAGGAACUACUGUUGCUUAGGCUUUAAAAUACUUUAUGCAGACCACUUUUGAGUUUGACUUUUUUUUUU